AUGGACUUGCUUGAGGCGAGGAUUCGUCGGGAUAAUUCGCGCGGUCCGAAGAUCUCGGACAUGAUGCUGCCACAUUCCCCAGCGCCAGUCAACCUGGCUCUCGCAGUGUCCGCCCGGAUUAUCCGGAUGCGUGAGGCGACGCCUUUGGAUUGA